AUGCCUUGCAAGGCAAAGGGCUUGCAAUGUUAUGGAAGGACUGACAGUAGCCCUACACGGCCACAGCUUCAGACCCUGGGACAGGUGGCACGAAGUGACCGCGGUUGUAGUGUUCUCUGCUCCUCUCUGAGCUUCGCAGUGCUGCCCAAGGAAGACAAGAAGAAGAAAGACAAAGAUCCAGUGAACAAAUCCGGGGGCAAGGCCAAAAAGAAGAAGUGGUCCAAAGGCAAAGUUCGGGACAAGCUCAAUAACUUAGUCUUGUUUGACAAAGCUACCUAUGACAAACUCUGUAAGGAAGUUCCCAACUAUAAACUUAUAACUCCAGCUGUGGUCUCUGAGAGAUUGAAGAUUCGAGGCUCCCUUGCCAGGGCAGCCCUUCAGGAGCUCCUUAGUAAAGGGCUUAUCAAACUGGUUUCAAAGCACAGAGCUCAAGUAAUUUACACCAGAAAUACCAAGGGUGGAGAUGCUCCAGCUGCUGGUGAAGACGCAUGAAUAGGUCGAACCAACUGUACAUUUGGAAAAAUAAAACUUUAUUAAAUAAAAAAAAAU